UCACAGUAACCUGUCUAUUCGUUGUAGCUGUGCAGAGAUCAGAGAUGGCAGAAAGCAAAAUGAGAUUGUAAACAAGUGUAGCAGACCGUGUUGCUGUGCACCGUGCACGCCCAUCAUGUGCCAUGGCUGCUGUUGAUGAUUUAAAAGCAGUCGGAGUGAUCGAGAAAGACACCAAUAACGACGUGUUGUGGACGUGGUCUUACCCAUCAUUUACGCCGGAAGAUCGUUCCCUUCUUCUGGCAAAAUGCGACUUGGAGAACGACAACAUGUCAAGUGAACGGCCAGUGUGGUUCCGGUACUGUCACCACCACCGGGAUUGGUUUUACAUGUACCAGACAGAAGUUUUUGACAGCGAUAACCUGAGCCGAGUGAAACUCUUCGUCCUCGUGUUGCACGCCAAAGACUUCAGCCCCGAAAAGUACGAGACGCUAUCGAGAAUACUUAGCAAAGUGUACUGCAAGACCGGAGACCCUACAGCGCUGCUGCGGCUUUUUUUGUCUGUGUCCGUCAAGGGGUCGUGCACGACCGAAGAAAACGGAACUUUUCUGUUGAGCAACUUCGAUCGGAAACGCAGCCUUACGCAGGUGCCAAUCAAAGAUAUCAUAAAAAUGUUUGGUCUGGAGACGAUAAUCAUCUACACUGCAAUCAUCCUGAAAAAGAGGGUGAUUGUCUACCAUCAUAAACUCAACAUUUUGCUUAACUACGUCAGGGCCUUGACUGCUUUGAGCACGCACAAACCACAGUGGGAGUAUUUCUUUCCUUUUAUGGAGCUGACUCCUGCUGAAGUGGCUGAGCUCUCGGAGAUGCCACAUUACUUGGCAGGAUUUCGUGAUGCCAGUGUUGAAGGCCGCUUAGAACUGUAUGAUGUCUUCGUCAACUUGGCUGCCAUUGAAAUUACUGUGGCACCACAUUCAAAAGAGGCCUUCCAGAUGAGCAAGAUGCACAAAGAAAUUGCUAUGUUCAUGGUGCGACAGGCAGAUAAUGACAAUUUAUCUGACCAGGAUGUCGUGCAGGACAUUGCAGCGAAGACAGAGGAAUUGUUGCUCAACAUGAAGAGUGCUAUGGCUCCUGGCACAAGUGGCAAGCCAGUGGUCAGCUUUGCAAAACUGCAGGGACUCAAGCUAGCGCCUGCGCUUGAAAAUUUUUACUGGAACUUGGCAGUAGCUGAAGGACUGGUGGACGCAUGAUCAACUCUUGGAGAGGCACAGCAUGCAAUGACCAUGCAUGUGGGCUCAUCGCUGAUUCCUAUAACAUUAAUCAUUUAUUAAAUGUGCUGGUGGAGCUGUUAUUCUAA